GAAUGCAUUCUUCCUGAAGCCUGGGAGAGGUGGUGCAAAUGAUGUAUGCUACUCAACAGUAUCAUACAAAUUCAGUCCACGAUACAUCCUCAUCAGCCAUGCUUCGAGCGGGUGAGAUGCUACAUCUUCCAUAUUUGGCCAUGGAAAAGUGAAGCUGUGUAGUGUUCUGGAAAAAUCUUUCGGAGAAAUGAAGCAUGCGUUGAAUGUGUUCUUGGAUGAGCAGAGCUCAAAUGGAGCGAUUAUUGAAGCUGGAGAGCUUGUGUUCAAGGCAUUGUACCAACAGAGGACGUUCACUGAACUCGCAACCUUGGACGACAUGCGAUAAGAUCUCAUUUAAACGUCCGUGCCUGCAGGAAAAGUUAAUCUUGCUCGGUUGCCACCCUAAUGCUGCCGCUCUACACUCACUAAGAUCGUUUCAUCAAAUUCAAGUUUGGCUGGAUGCCACACACUUGAACCCCAAACAUUAUGGGUGGACCAGCAGUCUACAGGGCCUGAUUCCACAUCAUGCAACGAAGGACCCAGCACCCAAAAGCCUACUUGGAAGUGUCUCGUGCACUUGCAGAUCUGCGGAUGUCAGCGAGCCUGCUCGUUCGUCAAAGCCGAGUUGAAAUGCUCCAGCAUCUGCAAGAAAUGAAGAGGCACCGACAAUGUCCCACUGUACUCCUC